AUGUCUGUCUAUCUGGACAAAGCUGGGCCGCAAUGCCCGUUGAGAUUGGGGUCUGCAGCAUUCGCCAAGCACAAUGGUGGAAAUAACACUUUGGGUGGCCUGUUGGGUGAGAGAACAUUCGAAUGCACAGAAGGGAUCGAGUUCAAGGUUGAGGUACGCGCAGCGGCUUUGGAAAGCGGUCGUCGUGGAAGCGCCAAUAAGACCAGGCAAACAUUCCACAUCUGCGAAGAAAGAGAAGACGCGGAUUUGGGUCGCGAAAAACGGCAACGAACUGCUGAGGUGACCAAGUCAUCAAUAGGCCGCAAAUCAUCACUCCUCGUUCAGUCCGCUCAACAGCUUCGCCAAAGUGCCGGUUUUGUUCAAGGAAUCAAAGAGGACAAACUGGCACACCACACGAAAUCAACAGUCGAAGCUAGAAGUAAGAAAAGUCUCUUGCCCAUGCUUAGAUCCAGGGUCCCAAACAAGAAGCCUGCGAAAGAUCCUCUGGAGAGAAUCGGUCGACGCAAGACUGUUGACAUCCCCCCGGAUGACGCGACUGUCCCCGGUGUUUUCAUGGGUGUCACCGAUCCACCUAAACAACGCUCUGGGACUUCCUUGUCACAGGCAUCAGAUAACACAGUCAUCAACAACUUCGAGCCAACGUUUGUCAAACAUGACGCACGAAAGACCUCAGCGGCGAGUUUUCGACGAGGACCACUGCAGCAAAGCUUAAAGGUUGCCCAGAUAAAUCCAACGGCGUCUGAUAUUCCUGGAACCGGUGGCGGCAAAGAGAAUGUACCCCCCGGAUCCUUCAGCCUCAAAGACAAAUACCUCAAGUCUGAUGAUAUUCCAUCAAAGUCAAGACGGUCUCGACGCGCGACAUCAACUGUCGCUGCCAUCCAAGCCCCCCGUGCUAAUCGAGCGCCCACUCACCUUCCCCCUGCCAGCAAAGCCACCCCUCUCAUUCGAGCCUCCACUGAGAUAUCCGCUGCCAGAAAAACCGCCACAGCCGGCCAACCUCCCACUCAAUUAUCCGCUGCCAAACAAGCCCAUGUGGAUACACCGAAAGAGCAGGACAAAGUGUCUCUAAGAAUGAUGACACUUGGUGGAAAACGAGGAAACGCUGGCAAUACUCCGAAUGAACCACCGGGACGUACAUUACCUCACGGUGCCCGAGCUUCUCUCCUCCCAAAUAGACUUGACCCCUGUCUACCAUCUCAAAGUUUGCGCAUCGAUAACAUCAACAUUACACUCGAAGAAACGCAGGGUCGGUUCUCUUUGCUUGCACAUAGCAUUGCAAAGCCGGCUUUGUACGAGGAUAACCAGCUGUCACACCAGGAGACUGUUAUCAGUCGACCUGCUAAUAGACCAUUCGAAGAUUCGGUAUCCAACUUGCCCAGACAUGUGGCUCGUAUUGUCGAGCUUCUUCUCACCUCAAUGCAUCAUUCACAACCUGACAGGGAUGCUUCUACUCAGAUGUCUAUCACUCCGGACGAGAUUUUCUCACUUGUGAAGAGGACCUCUGAUUUGCCUUUAUCUCACUUUUACAACUCUGUCACUUUUUUGCUUUUUUGUUCCCGUAUGCUCUUAUCGUCGAAGCGUGCCCGGGCUGUCACCGUUAUUGAAUCCCCAUGGAACCCCCAUGCGACAAAGAAUUUGGACCAUAGUGAUGGGGUGACUCGUAAGCUGGUAAAGAGUUGCACCACUGCUGCUCCCUCCCAGGCUCAAAUGUGUAAGGCAGUGGGAGUGAUAACCCGGUGGUGGCAGGACAUCAAAUCCCGCAAGAAGCGAAAGCAAAUCCUGCCCCGGAAUGGCGUGCGCAAGUCCUCCGUUCGUCAGAAUACAGGGCGUAAGGGCGUUCGUCGGCUCUGA